AUGGCGCUAUGCCUGCGCAUCGCGCCGGUUUCCGCCAUCCUCACCAGCGUCAGCCCAGGCGAGGUGUUCACCGUGACGGAGGCGGUGCCGUCUGGGCUCAUCGUCAUGUUCGCCUUCCAGCUCAACCCUGAAUACCUUCUCGCGGUCUCCGCCACGGAUCGCGACUCUGGGGCAGUGCUGCGAGAGUGGAAGGACGACUAUUCAGGGGUUCUCAACAUCCCUCCCUUAGACAAGAAGCGUGUGCUGCAGUUUAGCUUCAGCAACGCCGACUCCAUGUUGACCUCUAUUUACGUCAAUUACGAUAUUCGCGUAGUGGACGACCCGAACUACAACGUUGGCCCGGAGGACCUCGACCCGAUCGAGAACAAGGUGCAGGGUCUCUUUGAGAAGAUCCAGAAGGUGAAGAUGCUUCUGCAGACGCUGCGGUACCAACAAAAAGAUCAUCGGGCCACCGUCGAGGACGCGAAUGAGCGCUUGCUGCUGUGGUCCGUUCUUCAAGUAGUUGGGUUUAUGGUGAUGUCAGGUGCGCAGCUGUACUUGCUGAAGCUGUUUCUGGAGCGGAAGCGGACUGUUUGA